GACCCCAACUGAAAAAAAUAGGCACCACUACCAACAGACAAACACACUGUUUUUCGCUUCCACAAGAAAGAGAGUCUUUUUUCAGAGAGAGAGAGAGAGAGAAAAAAAACCCAGUUUCUAGAGAGAGAAAUCGUGUGGCUCUGAGGAUUUGGGUUAGGGUUUUCUUUUCUUUUGGGUGGUGAUAAUAGGGAUUGGGUGUUUUUAGAGGGAGACAACAGUCAUGGAAGUGGUUUUUCCCGGAGGAAGGGGGGCAUUUUUUGGAGGAUUCAUUUUCGUUGCAAAUUUAGCCCGUUCAUGUUUGUUUCCCGGGCAAAAUAGCAUUUUGGAGGGUUGAUCUGUAUUGGGAAUUGGGUUCUGAAUGUUAUGCAAAGUGUUUCUCCCGCGAAAAAUAGCAUUUUUUAUUGCAAAUUUAACCGGGUUCUGUUUGUUUCCCUGGAAAGUGAUCUUCCCAGGGAAAAAGGCUUUUAUUUGAUUCCAAACUUGAUUUGGUGCUGUUCGCCUCCCUGGAAGUAAUUUUCCUGGGGAAAAAGACAUUUUUUGAGGAUUGAUUGUAAUUUAUUACAUAUUUAAUUGGCUUCAGUUUGUUUUCCUGGAGGGUUAUUUAGAUUGAUUGGAAUUUAUUGUGAAGCUUGAGGGGGGUUUAUCAUUUGUCUUUAUUUAGAUUUAGAUUUCCUCCCCACCAUCCUAUGAUUUGUAUUUUUCCUCAGUAAAAAUUUUCUCUUGGUGCCAAUCAGAUACAAACAAAACCCGAAUUAUAUGCAUUUAUGUCUUUCUGUGUACUAUAAAUACAUUUUUAUAAGCAUAUCUGUAACUCCUUUGCUGAAUUUUUGCAGGUUAUAGAGAUUUCUUCAACUGGGUCUGUUAAUAGCAAGCCUUGGCAAUUGAAUGGGCUGACUGGUUGAAUCAAAUCGGCUCAAAUUAGGAAACAAACAGAGAAGACUUUAUUUGGGUUCUGCUUAUCUAGUACAAUUUCUUUUGGAUUUUCAUGGCUAUGGCGGCUUUAAAUUAUCAGCUCAAUGGAUCUAAAUUAGGGACCGUCAAUGAUGCUUUAUAUAAGGAACUUUGGCAUGCCUGUGCUGGGCCUCUGGUUAAUGUACCUCGUGAACAGGAACGUGUUUAUUACUUUCCUCAAGGCCAUAUGGAACAGCUUGAAGCAUCGAUGCAUCAGGGGCUGGACCAGAAGAUGCCUUCAUUCAAUUUACCAUCUAAGAUCCUAUGCAAAGUAGUUAAUGUUCACCUUCGGGCUGAACCUGAAACUGAUGAAGUUUAUGCACAAGUUACAUUGUUGCCUGAACCAGAUCAAAGUGAGAUAACUUCUCCAGAUCCUCCACUUCCUGAACCUCAAAGUUGCACUGUCCAUUCAUUUUGUAAGACACUUACCGCUUCCGACACAAGCACUCAUGGGGGAUUCUCUGUUCUUCGGAGGCACGCAGAUGAAUGCUUGCCACCAUUGGAUAUGUCCCAGAAUCCACCAUGGCAAGAAUUGGUUGCUAAAGAUUUGCAUGGAAAUGAAUGGCAUUUUCGUCAUAUUUUUCGAGGUCAACCUAGACGUCAUCUGCUCACAACUGGAUGGAGUGUUUUUGUUAGUUCUAAGAGAUUAGCAGCUGGCGAUGCAUUUAUAUUCCUUAGAGGAGAAAAUGGAGAAUUGCGUGUUGGAGUUCGGAGGCUCAUGAGACAACUGAACAAUGUGCCACCAUCUGUAAUAUCAAGUCACAGCAUGCAUCUUGGAGUCCUUGCUACUGCAUCUCAUGCCAUCACUACUGGUACCCUAUUUUCCGUCUUCUACAAACCAAGGGCAAGUCCAUCCGAGUUUAUCGUUAGUGUCAACAAGUACCUUGAAGCUCGAAACCACAAGGUUUCUGUGGGUAUGAGAUUUAAGAUGAGAUUUGAAGGUGAUGAGGCUCCAGAAAGGAGGUUCAGUGGCACAAUAGUCGGUGUUGGAGAUACUGGAUCAUCAGGAUGGACAGAUUCUGAGUGGAGAUCCUUAAAGGUUCAAUGGGAUGAGCCUUCUUCCAUCUUGAGGCCAGAAAGGGUAUCGCCAUGGGAAUUGGAGCCACUUGUGACAGAAACUCCUUUGACAGCUCAACCAAUGCAAAGAAGCAAACGGCCACGAUCACCAGUUUUAUCUUCGCCAACCCCAGGCCUUUCAGCUUUUGCUGUGAAGACCAACUCUCAUAGCUUUACUGUUAACUACUCAAGUACUGCUGUUUCCAACAAUUCAGCAUAUUGGCCCCAACAAUCCGAGCCUGUGCCUGAAUUGUUUACCCCAGUUCCCAAUAAAGAAUAUGGAAAAAAGAAACCAGAAAAUGGCAAUGGCUAUAGGUUAUUUGGGAUUCAACUGGUUGACAAUUCCAACGUGGAAGAAACUUUGCCUGUCACGACCAUCUCUUCUGGUGCUGGCGAGGAUCAGCCAGUUGUCUGUUUGGAUGCUGACUCUGACCAUCAAUCUCAACGUUCAAAUAUUAAUCAAUCCAAAACUCCUACUGUUGGCAGCGAUCCUGAGAAGUCAUGCCUGGGAUCUUCUCUACUGCAAAGUCGGCAAAUACGAAGCUGCACUAAGGUUCACAUGCAAGGCAUGGCUGUUGGAAGGGCUGUGGAUUUGACACAGUUUAGCAGCUACAAAGAGCUUCUCAGCAAACUCGAAGAGAUGUUUGACAUCAAAGGUGAGCUCUGCGGACCCACCAAAAAAUGGCAGGUCGUCUACACUGAUGAUGAGGAUGAUAUGAUGAUGGUUGGAGAUGACCCUUGGCAUGAGUUCUGCAGUAUGGUAAGGAAGAUCUUCAUAUACACAGUGGAGGAAGUCAAGGAACUGUCUCCAAAGGCGAAACUUCCACUCAAGGGAGAAUUCAAACCAGGCAAGCCAGAUUCUAAGACGACGAUUGGCACUGAAGAUCACUCGUCCAUGGUGGGGUCUGGAUUUUGACGCCGCCCCUUCCACUUAAAACCUCUACUAUGGUGAAAUUUCAACGCAAGGGGCUGAAGGAAAAGACUAAAGAAGUCCAUAACCAAUCACUCACUACUUGAUUUUCUUUAAGCUAAUAGCAGAUAAGGCCAUAGCCCAUGCUGGGGGGUCAGCUGCAGAUUUUGGGGUUAAUAGUUGUUUAAUGAGAGCCCCAUUGGGACAUUGAAAAGUGGGUUUCACUAUGAAGGAAAAAAAGAAAAAUAAAGGCAGUGGUUAUGGAUGGUUGGUGGAGUUUGUUGGUUCUUGUUUGGACAUGGGGAAAACUGGCCACCUGGAAAAGAUAACGUGGCCCAGAGAUGCCCAGACAGAUGGAGACAACUGGCCGCCCACGCAUUACAGACAGGAUAAACACGCUCGAGGAAGGAAUCAAAAAUGGAGGUGACAUUUUCUCGGUCAUUUAUUUUAUAUAUAUAUUUGUCUACAAUAACACGAAAUGUCUUAGUCGAUACUCAAUAAUAUAUAUAUAUAGUUCUAUAGUCUACAGUCCUGACAUUGUAUAUAGACAUAGCCGCCCCCCGCCCCCUGUCCCCGUUCCGUUCCAUUGGUGUAUAGCGAAAAAUGUUGAAAAUGUUUUUGUUGAUUGUGGGGUUCCAUAUUCUUGCAUGUACUCAAAAACCCAGAACUUGAAUAGGUUGUGAGGUGGUUGUCUUGGCAUUUAUCAUAUUGACUGGUUCAAGAGCCUUGUCUGAA